AUGCUGUGCUGGGGCUGCCUGCUCUCUGUUUCGAAGAUGCUUUCCCGCAGAAAGCGAGUCCUGGCUGGCUCGGAGGGCUCCAGCCUUUGUCGCUGCCUCUCCACCGUGGACCUUGUUGCCUUGGGAGUGGGCAGCACACUGGGGGCUGGCGUCUACGUCCUGGCAGGGGAAGUGGCUAAGACCAGCUCCGGCCCGAGCAUCAUCCUUUCUUUCCUGAUUGCAGCUGUGGUGUCUGCUCUGGCAGGGCUGUGCUACGCUGAAUUUGGGGCCCGCGUGCCCCUGGCCGGGUCGGCCUAUCUCUACAGCUAUGUGACAGUGGGCGAGCUGUGGGCGUUCCUCGCUGGGUGGAAUCUGCUGCUGUCCUAUGUCAUCGGUACCGCCAGUGUUGCUCGGGCCUGGAGUGCUACCUUUGACCAGCUCCUUGGCAAGAAGAUGGGGAGGUUUUUGGGUGCUCACGCAGCCAUGAGCUCUGUGGGUCUGGCAGAGCACCCAGAUGCCUUUGCCGCUGGCCUGGUGGUUCUGCUGGCAGGGCUUCUUUCCUUUGGAGUGAAGGAGUCCACCACGGUCAACAAAGCCUUCACAGCUCUCAACGUGCUUGUCCUGCUCUUUGUCACAGUGAGCGGCUUCAUCAAAGGCGACCUGCGCAACUGGAAGCUCGGGGAGGAUGACCUGCCAUGGGCAGCUGCCCAUGAGGCUGGGAACCAGUCUGUGGCUGACAACAUGACCGGUGCCUUUGGGGUGGGAGGCUUCAUGCCCUAUGGUUUCACUGGGACCUUGGCUGGAGCCUCUACCUGUUUCUAUGCCUUUGUUGGAUUUGACUGCAUCGCUACCACGGGGGAAGAAGUGAGGGACCCACAGAGAUCCAUCCCCAUGGGCAUCAUCCUCUCCCUCCUCGUCUGCUUCCUGGCGUACUUCGGGGUGUCUGCCGCCCUCACACUGAUGAUGCCCUACUACCUGCUAGACCCCAUGAGCCCACUCCCAGUGGCUUUUGAAUACAUUGGCUGGAGCAGUGCAAAGCAUGCUGUGGCUGUGGGGUCACUGUGUGCCCUGACGACCAGCCUCCUGGGCUCUAUGUUCCCCAUGCCACGGAUCCUGUAUGCUAUGGCUCGAGACGGGCUCCUCUUCAAACCUCUGGCCAAAGUUAGUCGCCGUCAGUGCCCAGUUGUGGCAACACUGGUGUCUGGAGGAGUGGCAGCUCUCCUGGCCCUCCUCUUUGACCUGAAAGCCCUGGUUGACAUGAUGUCCAUUGGCACGCUGCUGGCCUACUCGCUGGUGGCUGGCUGUGUGUUGCUGCUCAGGUAUCGGCCUGAACCCAGCGCUCAGGACACUCCUGCAGGGAAGGUUCCAGCUGUGCAGCUCUGGUGGGACGAUCUCGUCUGUCCGCCCCCACGUCCCACCCCGUGUUCCUCUGCCACGGUGGCCUGGGCUCUGACAGCCGUAGCCGCCCUGGUCUGCGCUGUGAGCUGGGUGAGCACCGCCGGGCUGCCUUGCCUCCGGGCCGGGGGUGCCUGGUGCAUCGCCGCUCUGGCUCUGCCUCUCCUGGGGAUCCUGGCGGCAGCUCUGCUCGUCUGGAGGCAGCCUCAGAGCCGGGAGAGAGCAUCCUUCAUGGUUCCCUGCCUGCCCUUCCUGCCGCUCCUCAGCAUCACCAUCAACAGCAUCCUGAUGGCCUGGCUCAGCGCGGCCGCCUGGCUGCGGUACCUGCUCUGGAUGGCCAUUGGUUUCCUCAUUUAUUUUGGCUACGGGAUCCGGCAUAGCGCCGAGAGCCGCCGGCCCAAAGGGGCAGCUCCCCGGGAGCCACCGGGAAGCACGGCCAGGGGGGUGGCCCCGAAGCCUUGCGGGACAGCACGCAACCUGAAUCCUCACGUCAAGCCCCCUGCUGAAGGAGUUUUGUUUGGAGAGGAUAAAGCAGACAAGUGUUUUUGCUGUUGUUAUUGGCACCUGGUGCGUCCCCCCACAUCCCUGAGGUUGCUGUGCAAAGCUGGAGGCUGCCCCACCACCCGUCCCCAGAGCCGUGGGGAUGCAUGGAGCAGUGGGGUCCCCAAAACCACUGACAUGGGACUCUUGAGGCUGCCACUUCUUACAGACUUGUAAUUGUUACAGCCAGUAGCAUGGUGCACACACAUACACACACGCACGCACACUCCCCCCCGGCUAAAUAGCCCCAGGGAGGGGACAGGCCAGUGACAGCCCCCGGACCAGUGACCGUCCCACCACUCGUGUGCCCAGUGGAAAGUGCUUGCAUGCAUCGAGCCGCGGCCUUGCAGCCAUGCUGGCAGCGUCUUCCUCGAUGGGGAUGUGCUGGCUCGGAGCAGGGAGGGAUGUGACCUGCUGGCAGCCGCCGCUGAAGCCUGCUCCCCCUCAGGAGGAUGCUCUGCUCCCCAAAUGUGCACCUCCGGGCAUGCAGCCUCUGCCCAGCUUUGGGGGAGAAGAUGGGGCUGGUGGUGCUGCUGAUGGGCAGCGGGGACAAAGCGGGCUUGGCAUCUGUGUGGCAGUCAGCGGGGGCACAUCUGGGUCACGGGAGCAAUCCCUGGGAGCUGUUUGCUGAAGAUGGAGGAGGCGAUGGGGAGAGGAGGGCACGGGUGGGAUUCCUGCCUGGCCUCCCUCCCCAGGGUGAGGCAGGUCCUGGGCAGGAGAAGCCCUGCUUUCACUGGAAACGGCAGGAGUGGGUGGCAUCGGCUUGGAGCAGCCUGGGCAGGAGGCCGAGCCCCAAAACGGGACAGGUUGACAUGGUCUAUGGCAAGGGCAGCGCUGGAGAUGGUAGAUAUACCUGGCUGCACCCAUCCCUCCUGCCCUCUGCUGCCGCCCCGUGAAAGCCUCUGUGGCUCAGCCCUGGGCUUGGCCACGCACUUCUCAGCGAUGCUCCCCAGGGACUGAGGUACCUUAACACCACCAUGUCCCCAGUGCCCCCCUCGUCCUCCCGGUGCUCAUCCCUGUACCGUUCCAGUGACCGCCUCAUCUUCCUCAGCUCCGUGCCCCCGGGCAGCACUGAUGCUGGUUAUGCUCAGAGUCAAGUGCCGGGUCGGAUCCAGCCCAAUGCACAUCUGCAUGUCCUGGCUGACCCCUUUUACCUCCAGAAAGGCCCCCACAGCCUCCCACCAGAGGAAGGGGUGCAGGGAUGGCACAGGGGGGUGGCCGGGGACCCCCUGCAGCCCCGCACGGGCUGGGGAGAGGCAGGCGCAAGUGUCCUGUGAAAUACUCCAUUGCCCUGGUCGGACGGGGCCACCCUGAGGGCUCGGCUGCCCCGAGGGCCUGCCCUGGCAGCGGGGGCACUUGUGAGAGCAGUCCUGGGCUCCCACAACCGGACCCCGCCCACCCCCCCCCCCCCCGGCA